AUGACUGGACAGACUAUUGCCUUGGCGGCGGCCUCGCUGGCCAUGUUGUAUGGCGUACAGAAGGCGCUUGAGUACCGCAGGCUGGUUGCACAGUGCGGUGACCUACCAUACAAAGUUACGGUGCUCAACCCCCUAUCAAUGGUCUCUUUUGCGCUUGCCGCAAUACGCGGAACACCCGCGGAAGUACUCACGAAUGGCUACGCUCCAUUUGAAGAGGGGGGUUACGAUGCCUACGCUCAGAUAUCUCUUUACCCUAGCGGUAUCGUAGUGCACGUUGCGGAUCCCUCCGCCAUCAAGGACAUCUCAAUGCGCCGCGUAGUAUUCCCAAAGCCACUCGGUAUCUACAAAGGGUUUGCCAUCUUCGGGAACAACAUCAUCGCGUCGGAAGGCGAUGAGUGGCGCAAAUAUCAUCGCAUCUCUGCACCGGCGUUCUCAGAGAGGAACAUCCGCCUGGUCUGGAACGAGACGUGCACCGUCAUGCGAGGUCUGAUGGACGAUGUAUGGGUGAACGCGCCCGAGGUCGUGGUUCCUCACUUUCUUGACAUAUCACUGCCUAUUGCGCUCUUCGUCAUCGGUGCGGCUGGCUUUGGACGCCGCAUCUCAUGGGACUCGGACAACUACGUGCCUCCAGGACACCAACUGAGCUUCAAGGCUGCACUAGAUGCCUGCGCUCACGACAUGGGGUUCCGCGUGAUGUUCUCAGAAAGGAUUCUAAGCCUGACUGCUCCAGGACGACGGGUACUGAUGGAGUUUGAGGAGCUUGAUAGAUAUAUGCUAGAGAUGAUCCGAUCGCGGAGGAGUGGCGACAAGAGGGACGAGCGUCACGAUCUCUUCAGCGGAUUACUCGACGCAGCCGAUGAGGAAGCUGGUGGACGCGUCGCGAUCUCCGACCGCGAACUGAUGGGCAAUAUCUUCAUAUUUCUUGUCGCGGGACAUGAAACCACGGCACACUCAAUAUGUUUCACUCUUGCCUAUCUCGCGUUAUAUCCCGAGGUCCAGGACAAACUUUACGCUGAGAUACGGACCGUAAUGAACGAGGAGGGUGCGUCGGACCUAACGUGGGGCUACGAGGUGAUGAGCAAGUUAUCUUAUGCUCUUGCCGUAUUCCAUGAAACUUUGCGCCUGCAGCCUGCGGUGGUUAGCAUACCAAAGAUGGCUGCUGAGGAUACCUCGCUCUCCAUCCAUGAUGGCAUCGGAAAUGCUCACACCUUCCCCGUACCUGCUGGAGCUAUUGUCUUGCUUGACGCAGCGGCCAUGCAACGGAACCCGCGUUUGUGGACCGACCCACUGCUCUUCAACCCCGAUCGUUGGCUCACCUCCGUAGAAGACAAGGAAGCUCAAAUCCAUCGUCGUGAUGCCUUCGUUGCUUUCAGCUCAGGCGCACGCAGGUGCAUGGGACAACGAUUCUCUGAGGCGGAGGCUGUCGCGAUCUUGUGUUGCCUACUCAGUCGUUACUCGGUGCAUCUUACGCACGAUGAUGACGUCCCCAAUGAGAGCGCUGAGGCGAGAAGGGUGAGAAGGGAGAAGAUAUUGGAUCAUGUAGCGGGUGCAACGAUCAAGCCCAAGGACGUACCGCUUACCUUCAAACGAAGGUCAUAG